AUGCAAAAUAUGUUUGUGCUGCGUGUUGUCGAAGGAUGCGCUGCCAAUGACAGCAAUGACCUUGCCCACCCUGAAGACAUCGUAACUAUUGAGUCCAUUUGUCAUCGCACCAGCCUCUACCGUAGCACCCACAAAACAAAAUGCAGCGAGUAUGGCAGACAGCAGUGGCCCUCUAAAUUUGUCAACAACGAAAGAGGUGUUUACCUGUCAGACAGAAGCUCAUUUGUCCCAUGCCAGCGAAACAAGAUCAAUUGCCAUAUCCGUCACGGAUACCUAAGGAAGCCAGACCAGUGGUGUCCGACUUGCAUCGUGAAGCUGCCGACUGAUUCGGCGGUGCUCCCUUCAGUUGUAGCAAAGUCGAAGACACCCGGCAGUGAUGAGGUAGAAAUUGUUGAGGGUAUGACCCAAAGCGAUGUCCUUCAGAAGAGGAAGCGCACGUCCACUGGCGCAACUGAAUCUGAACCAGUCGCCGCUUCCCAUCAAGCCACCGGCAAUGUCAUCGCGCCAGCAAUGGCAGAGAAUGACAUGGCCAAGGAUGUCGCGCCGGGAAAUACAGAUGCAAUGCCCACCAGGCCCAAGGGCAAGCCAGAAAGCAAGUGGGUAGAGAUAGUAAUCUCGUCCGGGUCUGAGGUCACGAUGGACAGGAAAGGCAAGGGAAAGGCAGUUGCGCUGCCGGUGGAGACGGACCAGCGGGAUCGUGGGCGGAAGAAGUCUAGAGAUGUUAGUUCUAACAGGCCGCCAAUACAGGGGAAUCAUUCAUCUACCAAUACACUGCCGAUGGCAACCGCCAGUGAUCAACGGAAGCCUUGGUAUGAGAUUCAGAAACGGACGAGUACUGCAGCGACCACAGUGAAACGGCAAAAAAGUCAAGGCAUGUUUAGGGAGCACCAAGCAACGGCCACCCCUGAGUCUGUCGGCGACAUUGGCAUGGCGCUGGAGGCGGAUAUCAGAGCUGCCAUGACACUGGAGGUGAAGACUGAUUCGGAGUCCCUCCUUACGGUCAUUCAGGACAACAUCAACAACCUUCAGACUCAGGUGGCCGAUAUCCGAACUCAGAACGCCGAGAUGGCUGAGUUGAUUCAGAAUAUGAACCCCCGCCUCACUGCCCAGGAUACUGACAUCCGAGCCAUGGAGAAAAUGCGUGCCGAAAUCGAGAUAUUGCAGGAGGAGGUCAAGGCCUUGCAUGCUGAAUCUCAGACUCGGGAGUCUCAAAUCCGGAACACUGAUGCAAUGUUGACUGCACAAGGAAAUUGUACUGCUGUGCUGAUGGAUGCCUAUGAAUCCCUCUGCCAACGUGUUGUCCCGAACCAAACUGUUCCGCAUUUCAAUAAUGCUACAUUCUUUCCUCCCGCUGGUCAUACAGCUACAUACAGUCAAGGUAUGAGCGCCGGGCAGGCGCAAGCAAUGGAACGGCUUUAUUUCAAUUUGACACCAGUUCCGUCCAUGAUCACCGGUAAUUCCGUUCCAAAUAUUGCCACACGCGCCAGACCUUCAGGUUCCCAGACCAACCGUCCAUCUGGUAAAUUGGCAUCUGGGAGGAGUCCCGCCUAA